AGUUGCCUUAAAAUAAGAGAAAAUUAAAGUUAAGGAAGAAAAGCCCGCGUCUGAUACCCAAAAUUUGUCAUCUUUUUUUUCUUUCUUCACUUCAUUGAAAAACUUCCUUUUGCUCUCUCUCUCUCUCUCUCUCUGAGCUCUGCAAUGUUAUCGAGCAGUUUAUGCGCACUUCCCUCUGUUUCUGCCAUUUUGUACCUCCAUCUGACGCUCUUCUCAUUCCUCAUCCCCUUUUCCGUCGCUUGCUUUAAUGGAAAUUGCCAGGUUCUGGAAGCUUGUACGGCUGCCACGGAUUGUGGGUCGGGUCUCUAUUGUGGGAAUUGCCCUGCUUCUGGCAGGAAUCAACCCGUCUGUACCAGAGGCCAGGCCACCAUUCCCACUUCUGUGAUUAAUGGGUUGCCCUUCAACAAGUACACUUGGCUGGUGACUCAUAACUCGUUCAGUAUUGUUGAUGCGCCUCCUGUGGCUGGUGUUCAGAGAUUGACGUUUUAUAAUCAAGAGGAUACUGUUACUAACCAGUUAAGAAAUGGAGUGAGGGGACUGAUGCUGGAUAUGUAUGAUUUCGAAAACGAUAUCUGGCUCUGCCAUUCAUUCCGGGGGCAAUGUUUCAACUUCACUGCCUUUCAACCAGCUAUUAACACUUUAAGAGAAGUGGAAGCAUUCUUAAGUGCGAACCCAACUGAAAUUGUGACCAUUAUAAUUGAGGACUAUGUGCAUACCUCAAAGGGGCUGACAAAUCUAUUCACCAGUGCUGGGCUGGACAAAUACUGGUUUCCUGUGUCCAAAAUGCCAAAGAAAGGAGAAGAUUGGCCAACAGUGACCGACAUGGUGCAACAGAAUCACAGGCUUCUUGUUUUCACAUCUGUUGCAUCGAAGGAAGCGGAGGAAGGAAUCGCUUACCAGUGGAAGUACAUGUUGGAAAAUGAGCCUGGUGAUCCUGGAGUCGUACCUGGUUCAUGCCCAAACCGAAGAGAAUCGAGAGCACUGAAAUCAAGAAGUUCGUCUCUUUUCUUGCAGAAUUACUUCCCAACAUAUCCAGUGGAAGCUGAGACUUGCAAGGAGCAUUCAGCUCCACUUUUUAAUAUGAUCUCCACAUGUUAUAAGGCAUCCGGGAAUAUGAUGCCAAACUUUUUGGCUGUUAACUUUUACAUGAGAAGUGAAGGAGGAGGUAUCUUUGAUGCUUUGGAUAAGAUAAAUGGCCAGACGCUAUGCGGGUGUAGCACACUUGCUGCUUGCCAGGCUGGAGCUCCUUCUGGUACUUGCAAGAGUGUGCCAGCACCUAACACUGGCCCACUGAGCAGUAACUCAGGUAGCUUUACCGGGUCCGUUCAGUUCACCAAAUCAUCUGCUUCGACAGUCCUUUCGCCGAGUCUUUUGGUUCUCUGGUUAUUCCACUUACCACUGUUGGCAUUCUUAAAAACUACAAGCAACACUGAUCUAAUUGGAUUUUGAGCACCUAUUCAUGGAGGUUAAUCUAGUAUAUUGUAUGUAAAGAUUGAGUCAUACCCGGUGUACUGCAUCCCAGCCAUCUUAUAGCGAUUUCCAGAAUUGGUCAUUAGAGUAAUAGACUCUAACAUUAAAGGAAAGACAUUUUGAGAUUUUAAUGCAGAGAAAUAGUUGCAGAGGUACAUGAGGAUUGGAAACCGAGAUAGACCUGGCAUACGACAUAAGCUAGUUCAGGUUUGAUUGGAGGAAAGUGAAAGGGUGUUGGCAUGAGUGGCUGUAAAUGCAAGGAUUAUGUUGAUGAAUACUUAAUAUCCUUCUGUUUGUCCUAGUUUGCUUCCCAAUCUUAUUUGUUAUAUUGUGUCAGUCAGUUCAUUUUAGCAUCAAAAUGCAGCUUGCUAGUAAAGCCAUCUCAUUAAAGAAGCUCCUUUGAGAGAUUCAAAAUACCAACAUAUUCACAAACUUUAUAUACCUGUUAAUGCCAACGAUUCCUCGUCGAUAUCGAUUUCGGGGUUCAGGCACUAGAAAAAGGUGGUUCUGUUUAAA